AUGCAGCAAGUGUUUCCGGAGGACCCCGCACGCGGCGGGGAGGGCAAGCCAUUCAUUCACUUUCCUAUUCCAUCACAGUCAGCGACAACCUCGACCGCAGCGCGGAAGCGCUCGCGGAGCCCGGCGGGGACGAAAAACGCACCAGAGAGCUCCACUGCCACCAGCCCUGCAAUACCACUGUCGCCGGAGGAGCGUGCGGCGCUCUGCCGCUUCAUGGAGUAUGGCAACCAACCUAGGCCUGCCUCGGAGUGGUUCUCUCGCAAUUCUGAGAAGUACUCCACGCCGGCGCAGCUCUUCGCCAACCACACGGAACCGUCUCGCUCUGCUUUGGCCCCUCAGCAUCGAUGGUGCGUUGUCGCUCUCCGUCAGGCCAUGUCGCUCCUCUGUCGGUUUGUCCAGCUAGACAGCUCCGGGUAUUAUCUCCGCGCGGCGUCUCCAUCGAAUGCCGGGGCCGACGCGACCGCGGCGGCAGGCGGUGCACUACCUUUAUCCACCGAAGUUCCUACGGCGACUGCGCGUGUGACGACACUGGAGCUGUAUUGUCGCUUCCAAGCGCUCGAGCUCGAGCUUGAGGAUGCGGCGCUGCGAGCCGAGGCAGCCGCGCAUGCAGAUGCAGUUCCCGAGUCCAUACGGCAGCAACUGCGAUCUGAUGUGGACGCGACAGUAGCGUGCAUCGAGCAGAGCUUGAAUGCGCUGGAGUGUACUCUCGUGCAGAUGCUGCUCGGCAGCUUUGCAGAUUUCACUGUCAACAUUGCGAGCACGGUGGACAUGUCUCUGGCGCCGUCCUUGGAGUAUGUGGCGAGGAUGCUGCGGGAGCUGCCGUCCGUGCUCCGCGCGGAGCAAUGGCCCUCUCAGUUUGUGUGUGAUAUCAACGCUCCCUUAAACGGGGGCGACAGAGAGCUGCAGAACGCCGGGGCAAGCACAUCGUCGUCGUCCUCCGUCCUUGAGCGGACUCUACUCGGCAUUUCACCUCUCUCGGGGGCCGACGCCGCCAUCUCGGAGCUUCUCGAGCAGCUCGGCGGUGCGACAACGUCGCUGGCUUUGCGGAGCUUGUUUGACCUCUGCCACGCGGACGUAUGGAACCUCCUCGGGGUAGCGGCGGCGUCUCCGAUCAGCCGACUCGCCGCGCUCGAGAAACUUGCGGCGGCAGCCUCGAGUGGCUCGGCCAGUGCGGCCGGACCGUACCGACCCGUGCUGGACGUGGAGACUUUCGAGUUCAAAGAGAUUCUCGUGCGGGCAUGGAACCGGCAGUACGGAUGCGUCGGCCUCCGCCGCCUCUUCUUCGAGAUGCAGGUGCUGUUCUAUCAGUACGCGAUGCAGGCGCAGGCCACGUCAAAGCAGUCCAAGGCCGGUAGCGGUGCCGCCCUCCGUGACGUAUGCGGGCUGUGGGCCGCCUGGCGUCUCUCUCUGCAGAAGUGUUCAGCAGCGUUUCUGGCGAAGCUCGGCGCUCGUGAGCAGUUUGGUGAUGUUCUCGGUGCCUCGACCUUGAGGGCGGACGCGUGUGACCUGAUGCGCCAACACUCCAUUCCUGUCAGCGGUUUGGCGGAGGUGCAAAGGAUAGCUCUUCGCGUCAUCACGAAGGUGCAGGCUGUCGAUGCGAAGGGCUGGUUCGCUGUGCCAGCGUUUGACCUCGUGAACGUCGAUUUCACGAGUGUGCGUUACUGGAUUUUGAGCCCCGUCUUUGCACGCAAGUCGAAGCGAGAGGCCUACCGCUCCCUCUGCCGCACGCUGGAGCGGAUGGUGGACAGCUGUGUGCAGAAGUACGGUCCGACACACGCCUUUAGCGAUGCCAUCACAACAGUGCGGCAGCAGCUCGUUGACGUGGCUCGUGCGGAAGGACUCUUGUAA